AGUGUCGUUUUAGGUAGGCGCCAGGUAGGCGACGACAGAUCUUUCGCCCGCGAAUCUGUCGGAAGAGGAUGAACAGCCGCCUGCAGGAGAUCAGAGAGCGGCAGAAAUUGCGCCGGCAGCUCCUGGCUCAGCAGCUUGGGGCUGAAAGUGCUGAUAGCAUUGGUGCAGUAUUGAAUAGCAAGGAUGAGCAGAGGGAAAUUGCUGAAACAAGGGAAGCAUGCAGGGCCGCUUAUGAUACAUCUGCACCAAAUGCCAAACGCAGAUAUCCAGAUGAGGGAGAAGCUGAUGAAGAAGAAAUAGAAGAAUAUAAGGAUGAAGUAGAAUUGCAACAAGAUGAAGAGAACCUGCCCUAUGAAGAGGAAAUUUACAAAGAUUCCAGUACUUUUCUUAAGGGGACCCAGAGCUUAAACCCUCAUAAUGAUUAUUGCCAACACUUUGUGGAUACUGGACACAGGCCUCAGAACUUCAUCAGAGAUGUGGGCUUAGCAGACAGGUUUGAAGAAUACCCAAAGCUUCGAGAGCUUAUCAGACUGAAGGAUGAGCUAAUAUCUAAAUCAAACACUCCCCCUAUGUAUUUACAAGCUGACUUGGAGGCUUUUGAUAUGCGUGAACUCAAGUUCAAGUUUGAUGUGAUUCUUUUGGAGCCGCCAUUGGAAGAAUACUAUAGGGAGACUGGCAUUACAGCUAAUGAGAAGUGCUGGAAUUGGGAUGAAAUUAUGAAGCUAGAUAUAGAGGAGCUAGCUUCCCCGCGUUCUUUUGUCUUCCUUUGGUGUGGUUCCGGGGAGGGCCUUGAUCUUGGCAGAAUGUGUUUGCGUAAAUGGGGCUAUAGAAGAUGUGAAGACAUCUGUUGGAUUAAAACCAACAAAAACAAUCCUGGGAAGACCAAGACUCUGGACCCUAAGGCUGUCUUUCAAAGAACAAAGGAACACUGCCUUAUGGGCAUUAAAGGAACAGUCCGUCGUAGUACGGAUGGGGACUUUAUCCAUGCUAAUGUCGACAUAGAUUUAAUUAUUACAGAAGAGCCUGAAAUUGGCAAUAUAGAGAAACCAGUGGAAAUAUUUCUCAUUGAACAUUUUUGCCUUGGAAGACGACGGCUUCACCUCUUUGGCCGGGAUAGCACAAUCCGACCAGGCUGGCUAACCGUGGGACCCACACUCACAAACAGCAACUUCAAUGCAGAAACAUAUACAUCCUAUUUCACAGCUCCAAAUUCCAACCUAACUGGCUGUACAGAAGAGAUUGAGAGACUCAGACCUAAAUCGCCGCCGCCCAAAGACCGAGGUGGUGGCGCACAGGGUGGAGGAAGAGGCGGGACUUCAGCUGGCCGAGGAGAAAGGGGCAGAGAGAGAAACAGAACAAAUUUUCGGGGGGAAAGGGGAGGGUUCCGGGGAGGACGGGGUGGUACCCACCGGGGCGGCUUUCCGCCUCGUUGAACGUAUCAAAGUCUCAAUCUUGCCCUGCCUUAGUACAACUGCUUUUCCUUUGUUUAAAGUCUUCAUUCUGCUGAGCUUGUACUUAUUAGCGACUGAGUCCAGAAUUUUAGUACCGACUGUAUUCUUUCUUUUUUAUAUACAUGCUGCUUGAGCCAGCCCAUUUACAGCACAUCAGCUUCCUAGAUGAGCAACAUCCAGUGCUUGUGACAGAUCUCAUUCUCAAAAGUUGAAAUCA